CUGUGCCUCGCCGUCCCGGGCCCUGGCUUAGACACGGCGCUGGCAGCGGUGGGGCCGCGCCGGGUGCCUGUUGCCCCGAGCAGGGUGCAAGCAAGACGCGCGCGUUGGGGUGGGGCUCCCCCCUCCCUCGCGUGGAGGGAGACACGAGCGCGGGGCGGUGGCAGCGGGAGAGAGAGAGAGAGGAGGGAGGCCACGGGUCGCCUCCCGCCCCCGGCUCGGCCUCUUCUCCGCCCUCCCGCCGUUCCUCCUCCUCUCCCUGCCGCGCGGGCGAGGCUGCGAGAGCGGCGCCCGCCCAGCACCCGGACGCCUGGACAAGGGAAGGGGGUGCUGCCUGCGGGAAGGAAGCUGGAUGAAGACUUGUGCCUCCGGGCGGGUUCGUCAGCCUCUUGGGCAUGAAGGGGAUCGCGGGGAUUCUGCCCUGCAGCCGAGCGGGGAUAUCAGCAUGUGAAAUCUUAACCAGUGAAAAUGGCCAGGUGAAGCAAAGGAGACAUGUCAAAUGCCAUUAAGGAAGACAGCUGCCUUCAGAUGAUACAGAACUCACUGACAGUUGCUCUUGCUUCAGUCCUACUUCAUGAGAAUUUCAGAAGAUACUGAGCAGAUGGUACGUGAACAAUACACUACAACCACACCAGGCACUAGCCUAGAGAGGCCGAAGAAUGAAUAUGUCUACAAAAUUGGAAUUUAUGGCUGGAGGAAGCGUUGCCUCUACCUGUUUGUUCUCCUCCUGCUUAUCAUCCUAGUUGUGAAUUUUUCUUUGACAAUUUGGAUUCUUAAAGUGAUGUGGUUUUCCCCAACUGGAAUGGGACACCUGCGCGUCACGAAAGAAGGCCUGCGUCUGGAAGGGGAAUCGGAAUUCUUAUUCCCUCUUUAUGCCAAAGAAAUCCAUUCUCGAGUGGACUCAUCACUGCUUCUCCAGUCUACUCACAAUGUGACUGUGAAUGCUCGCAAUUCAAAUGGGGAAGUCACAGGCAGAUUAAAUGUGGGUCCUAAAAUGGUAGAAUUCCAUGGCCAGCAGUUUCAGAUCAACUCAAAGGAUGGCAAACCACUUUUUACAGUCGAUGAAAAUGAGGUUGUAAUUGGCACAGAUAAACUUCGAGUCACAGGGCCUGAAGGAGCACUUUUUGAACACUCUGUAGAAACACCACUGGUGAAAGCAGAAGCUUUUAAACAGCUUAGGUUGGAAUCACCGACUCGAUCUUUGAGCAUGGAUGCACCACGAGGAAUUAAUAUCAAAGCACAGGCUGGCAAUAUUGAAGCUCUGUCCCAGAUGGAUAUCAAACUACACAGCAGUGAUGGUGUGCUUUUGCUCGAUGCCGAAACUGUGCGACUGCCCAAAUUGCCCGAGGGUACCAGGGGUGGACCCAGUAUUUCUCAGGGGCUCUACGAAAUCUGCGUGUGUCCAGAUGGAAAGCUCUACUUGUCGGUGGCUGGCAUGGGCUCCACUUGCCAAGAAUACAGCCGCGUCUGCCAGUGAGGCACCAGAAAAGGCCACACACUCCCUUGCUGGUCUGAGUUUUGCAUUGUUGCUAAAGAGCACUAUUGAAAGCAGAAUUUUCAGAAUUUCCACAACAAAGUACUUCAGUUUAGAAAACAAAUCUGUAGCUACAAUUCUGGACUACAGGGUGAAAGGGGAAGAAGAGCACAAAUGACAUUUCAACUUCAGAAGAAUGACUUGAAUCAAAUUACAUGUUCUGUCAGUAACAUUUUGAAAACAGCCUUACAGAAAGCAUAAAAAAAAAGAAUAAAAGGAAUGUGUUUCCUUGCUGGACUUACUAUUCCGUCAAAUGAUUGUGUCAUUUUUAAUAUUUUUGAGCUCUGUGGGUUUUUUCUCUUACACCAUGUAAACACUGCAUUAGUGAGUGAAAUUAAAUGGAGGGAACUACUUGAACUGUUUGCUAAGAUAAAGCAUUAUUUAAGGAAUGCAGAAAGUGCCAGCAAAUGGUCUAUGCAAUUUUGUUCUUGCAAUAACACAAGAUACGAGAAAUGUGGUAUUUGUACAAGUUCUGUCUAAAAGGGUGAAUUUGCUAAUCGCUUUCUGAUUUAAUUUGGCAACAUAAAUGCUGAUUUGCUUAUUACUGAGAGUCACAUAAAAAUAACUAACACAAAAAGCUCCAGGAGUCAUUUACACCCCAAAUCUGUUCACUGUACAAGAGAAAUAUGUUAGCACAUUUUAUAAUAGCAAUAGUUUGUUGUACUGCCUGUACCUUCAUACGCGUUUAAACCCUUUUCUAUUUUAGGACAUGCUAAUUCAAUGAGGCAAUUUGCUAUGCCAGCUGUACCAGUAAAACAAACAAAAAAAUAUGUGGCUCCAGAUUGUCUGACACAAGGAACUGUUUGGGCAGUAGGAAAAAAAUAAAUCCUUUUUUUGCAGCCCACAUGAUUCAGUUGAGAUGACUAUUCCAUUUCCAUCUGCAGCUGUUGACUGGUAUUUCUGAUCCUGUCAGAAUGGGAUUCCAUCACAAGCAGAGAGUAAAACUACUCUUUAUUGGUUUUUUCAUUAUGACUUUGGAUACAAAAUAAAUGCUCACCAGAGUUGACAAACCAUUUAUUUACCUUGUAGAGAAACAAAACUGCAGACUCAUUUCCCUGUACAGUGUUGCACUGAAUACAAAUAGUUUGCACACCUCUGGGUAGCAGGAUUUGUAUUUAACAGCUUGUUGUUUAAAGGUCUUGGGGUUUUUUUAUCCUUUUGAUGAUCUUUUGUAUAUAGUUGAUAGUAUUACCCAGGUAGGGGCUGCUAUCACAUAGUGCCUUGGUGUCAGCCACUAUCUAGUUUCAAAGGCACUUGAAUUGUCAUCAUACCUAUGUUUCUGACAUCAAGGAAUAUAAGCCCACUUCUAUGUGGUAUCAAAAUACUCUUUUGAUCUAAUCUUAUCUAAUCUAAUCCCUCAAUGUUAGCUAGACACUGUAAAUAAGUGCAUUAGUUGCAACCUGCUGGCAAUGGAAACAUAGCAUUUUAAUGUAUACAUUUUAAGGGUUUGUUUUGGAAGUACAUUUUCAAAUGUGACUUGCUAGUUAAUGCCAGGCAAGGGAUUGAAUAUAGACUUUCUGUGUAUCACAAGAGUAACCAAACCCCUAAACUACUGCCACUGAAGUUGAUCUGGUUUAGUUACCAUUUUCACAAAGCCAUAGCAUAUGUUAGAAAAAUCAGGAUGCUGUUCCCUGGCUAGUAACCUUACUAAGCAUUAUGGAACCUCGGUUACACAUUGCAGUAACUGCUCUUUUCUUAUGGAGAUAAGCCUUUUGGACUUGCCUCAGUUCACAAACAGAUUCAGAGUACUACAGAAAACUGAACAGGUCUGCUGUGUCCUCAAGCUCUGCCAUCAUCCAAAUGACCAACUUCUCCCUCUUGUUUUUUUUAAUAUCAUUCUUCUUUUUCAUCAUGCUACAAAACUGACAGUGAAAAUAGAGUUGCAUUAUAUAAAAUGUGUAGGUUUUCUAAAGCAUGGACGGCAACUUCUUGUCACUGAAGAACGUUUUUAGGAUUUAUUUUUUUUCUUUUAGGUGUAGUGAGUGGAACAACAAAGUUUAUUCUAAAAUUACUACAGUGUAGUCAUCUGAUGCUAUCGUCUCAAUUGCUGUCAAUCUCAAUAUAGUUCACGUACCA